AUGGAUCUCUGUGCGAUCCCGGCAGCUUCUCCGCCGCCAGGUCACACGCCCAACUUAAUUGAUCCUCCAUCUUUAGCCGGCACAACGGUUGUAGUAACUACAAGUCUAAUCACCUGGGCCACUCUAUUCAUAGCGGCACGACUAUACACUCGAUUUGGGAAUCUGAGUUCAGCGGACUGUGAUUCAGACUUUGCGGCCAUUGCCCUCGUCCUGUCAGCUGGCUACAACGGCAGGGUCCUGGCUAUGCUUCAAUAUGCUCGACAUCAGUGGGACAUACCGGCUUGCUGGUUUGAUGCCACAUACAUGAAAAUCCUCUACGCACAAGGAGCUCUUAUGGGCCCCGUUAUUUUCUUCGCGAAAGCAUCUAUCCUUCUUCUAUACCAGCAAAUCUUCCCUCUAGAGAAGCCAAUGAAGCUUGCGAUUCGACUAGGACUUGUCGCGACAUUCGUCAUAUACUGGCCUCACGUCGCCCUCGAGUCGUAUUUUUGUGCACCACAUGUCGGGGAAACAUGGACUGAUCUCCUCAUCACCAGAAGACCGGAAAAGAUGAUAUUCUGGGGCAUCUUGCAAGGAACACUGGCCGUCAUGGAUCUUUGUAUCUUAAUUUUACCGCUCCCCAGGCUCUGGACGCUCCAGCUUUCUCGACCAAAACGGCUACAGAUUAUGACUUUGUUCUCUACAGCCAUGUUAGGAGUCGUCGCCAGCGCUAUGGCUUUGGCUUACCGCAUUGGCCUCAAAACCAGUUCUGAUUUAACCUUCAUACAAAGCCAACUCUUUAUCUGUAUCAACGUGGAGAACAACAUCGCUAUCAUAGUUAGCUGCGUACCAUCUGUUGCCAAAUUUAUCAGGAGCGAUGUGGUCGAGUCGUCCUUCUUUCGAAGUUUACGGUCGAUGUUCCGCUCCAGCAGUCGUGGAUAUGGAUCCGAUGCCAACGAUGGCGUAGAGAUUUCGGGUGGAAUUGGAAAACGGCCUCGAUCUCAUGUGGUGGAGGCAAACGACGAGUAUCACGAGUUGCAGGGGCUGGUGUCUGAAGCUCGAUAA